UACCUCGAGGCCGACCGGCGCCAGGCCGAGGAGAAUGAGUCCGAAGACAACCUCAACCAGCAGGGCAUGGCCCCCGGCUCCAAGCCCGGCAACGAGUACCAGGAGCGCCUGAUCCAGAAUCUCGGCACGGCGGCCCCCCGCGUUGUGGAUGCCUAUGCCGGGGACUCCGGCGCCGGGAAUGCCUCCUCCUAUCGGGACAUGCUGCGCGCCAGCGAGCUGGCCAAGCGCGAGCAUGCCGUGCUGGAGCGCAUCACCGAGAAGCAGCGCCAGCAGGAGGAGGAGACCCUCCGUCGGCAGUCGGAGCAGAUGCGUGCGGCGGCGGCCGGCGCGCGGGCCUCCUCCAGCGCCCCGAGUGGCUUGGAGGAGACGCCGAUCUUCACGGCGGCCGGUCCCUCGUCGGCCUUCGAUGAGACCCCGGUGAUGACCCGGCAGCCGGAGGGGUCCGCCUUCGACGCGGCUGGGGCUGGCACUGCGCGGAAGCGCCGUUGGGACGAAACCCCUUCCGGCGUGUCCGGGGUCCCGGGCGUCGGCGAGGCUCGCCCCGUUCGGCGGCGUUCCCGUUGGGAUGAGACCCCGGCUCCGGCCGGUGUCGGUGCCAGCAAGUUCGAUCAGCCCCCGAUGAUGCCUUCCUCCGGUGGCAUGGUGGGCGGUGUGCCGCAGACUCCCUCGCGCCUUGCCGCCUUCCUCGAGGAGGACCUUGACUCGAUCCUCCCCUCGGAGGGUUAUGAGAUCCUCGAGCCUCCGGCCGACUACGUCCCCCUCUAUACCCCGUCGCGCAAGCAGAUGAUGACCCCGACGCCGGCGCACACGGCCGGCGGGUUUUUCAUCUCGGAGGACACCCGCGCAGCCCUGCCUGUGGCCGACAUGAAUGUUGAUGGCAUCGAGCUGAGCCAGAAGGACCUCGGGUUGUUCGGAGUUCUGCUGGAGCCGGAGGCCGAGCAAGCCGAGCAGGCAAUGACCCUGCAGCAGGCCAAGGAGCGGCGUUUGCUGCGGCUGCUGCUUCGCAUCAAGAAUGGCUCCUCCGCCAUGCGCAAGAGCGCCUUCCGGCAAAUUACCGACCGCGCGCGGGACUUCGGUGCGGAUCUCAUCCUGGACAAGCUGCUGAUUGCCCUGUCCACCGGCCAUCUGGACCCCCAGGAGCGCCAUCUCAUGGUGAAGGUCCUGAACCGAGUGCUCUACCGGCUGGAUGAGUUGGUCCGGCCGCACGUGCGCCGGAUCCUGGUGGCCGUGUUGCCGAUGCUCACGGAUACCGAUGAUCCGUAUGCCCGGCUGGAGGCGCGCGAGGUGAUCUCCAACUUGUCCAAGGCAGCCGGCCUGUCGCAGAUGAUUUCCACCCUGCGUCCGGAUCUCGACAGCCAGUACGAGCCGAUCCGCAAUGUCACGGCCCAGGCAUUUGCCAUUGUGGCCGUGUCGCUGGGCGUGCCGGCCCUGUUGCCCUUCCUGCGGGCAGUGUGUCCCAGCAAGAAGUCGCACUUUUCCCGGCACACGGGCAUCAAGAUUGUCGAGCAGAUUGCCGUGGCGCUGGGCAGUGCCAUCCUGCCGCAUCUGGCGGUUCUGGUGGACACCAUCAAGCAUGGCCUGGGUGACAGCCAGCAAAUUGUCCGCAUGAUCACGGCCUUGGCUUUGGGUGCCUUGGCCGAGGCGGCGGCGCCCUACGGCGGGGAGGCCUUCGCGCCGGUCAUCCAGCCGCUGCUGGAGAGCGUGCAGCAUCUGUCCGGUCGGGCACUGGCGGCCGCCCUGCGGGCCAUCGGCUUCAUCAUUCCCCUGCUGGAUCCGGCCCAUACCGGGGCCUAUGCGGCUCAAAUCAUGCCGGUGGUGGUGCGCCAGUUCGCCGCCACCAGUGAGCACUUGCGUCGUGUGGUGUUGCGCGUGGUUCGGCAGUGCAUCUCCACCCCGGGGGUGGAGCCAUCCUAUGUGGCGUCGCAUGUGGCCCCGCCCUUCUUCGAGCACUUCUGGGACAACAAGAUCGCCUGCGACCGGCAGACCGCGCGUCAGCUGGUGGAGACCACGGCCGAGGUGGCCAACUGCAUUGGCGGGGCCAAGGUCAUCACCAGCAUCAUGCUGUCGCUCAAGUCCGACAGUGAGGACUUCCGUCGGAUGACCAUGGAGGCUAUCGAGUUGAUCGUCACCAACCUCGGCCUCGCUGAUCUAGAUGAGGACCGCGAGCCGACUCUCAUUGACUGCCUGCUGGUGGCCAUCCAGAUGCCCAUCCGCGAGGUGUCCAACCCGCUGACCGCGUCCAAUAUGGACGAGCACCGCGAGGAGCGCGCUCACCAGGCCCACUACAACACCAUCCUCAAUGGGUUUGGAGUGGUCCUGCGCGCGCUCGGCACUCGAUGCACGCCGUACAUGACGCGCGUGGUGGAGCUGAUCAGCAUUCGCCUGGGGAAUCGGCAGCCACUUGUUCGUAAGCAGGCGGCCGAUCUCAUUUCGCAGAUCGCCGACGUCCUCAUGGAGUGCGGCGAGGUCCGCCUCCUGUCGGACCUGGGUGGCAUUGCCUUCGAGAACCUUGGUGAGGAGUAUCCCGACGUGCUGGCCUCGCUCCUCGGCGCCCUGAAGAGCAUCAUCUGCGUGGUGGGCAUGGAUGAGAUGAAUCCGCCUAUCGGCGACCUCUUUGGUCGUCUGGUGCCGAUCAUGCGGAACCGUCACGACCGGGUGCAGGAAAACUGCAUCGAUCUGAUUGGGCGUAUUGCCGAUCGCGCGGCGGCCAAGGUGUCGGCCAAGGAGUGGGCGCGCGUGUCCUUCGAGCUGCUGGAUCUGCUUCGGGCGCACCGGCUGGCUGUCCGCCGAGCGGCAGUCAGCACCUUUGGCUACAUCGCCACGGCCCUCGGCCCGCAGGAUGUCCUGUCGACGCUGCUGAAUAACCUCCGCGUGCAGGAGCGCCAGAACCGCGUGUGCACCACGGUGGCCAUUGCCAUUGUGGCCGAGAAGUGUGGCCCGUACCUGGUCCUGCCGGCGCUGAUGAACGAGUUCCGCGUGCCGGAGCUGAACGUGCGCAACGGUGUGCUCAAGUCCAUGUCCUUCCUUUUCGAGUACAUCGGUGUCUUCGGCAAGGACUACGUCUAUGCCACCACCGAGCUGCUGUCCGACGCGCUCAUCGACCGGGACCUGGUCCACCGUCAGACCGCGGCGUCGGUACUCAAGCACCUUGCCCUUGGUGUGAUUGGUCUCGAUCGCGAGGAUGCCCUGCAGCAUCUGCUGAACCUCCUGUGGCCAAACAUCUUCGAGACCUCGCCGCAUGUCAUCAAUGCGGUGCUGGACUCGGUAGACGCUCUUCGCAUGGCUCUCGGGCCCGCUCGCAUUUUGCUGUACACACUCUCGGGCCUUUUCCAUCCCGCGCGCAAGGUUCGCGAUGUCUACUGGAAGAUCUUCAAUAGCACGUAUAUCGGCUCGCAGGAUGCCUUGGUUGCGGCAUACCCCCGGCUGUCGGAUGAGUUUACCUCGGCCGCCUCGUCAAUGACCCGGCCCGAGCGGGCCCUCGUGUCGGCGGACCUCGUCAAGCCGGCGGACUUUGCGGCCUCCUCCUUCAAGCAGCACCAGGCCCUGCUGAAGCAGCGCCGUGCACAGAUCGCCGCCGGCAAGACCCUCGAGCAGAUCACCCCGGCCGCCCUGAAGGAGCACGGUCCUGGCACCGCCUCCGGUAUCAACACCCAGGAGGCGGCCAUGUUCCACACUCACCGGCCGGUGGAGCAUGUCCCGCUUCGGACAUACCGUCGCUAUGAGUUGGAGAUGAUUUUCUAAGCACCCCAGCCGAAGGAGAGAGGGCGCCCCGAGAAGAGGGCGGCGGCGGUGGUGGGGGCUGGGCAGGGGAAGACGGGCGAUGCGCGAGAGCAUCUCUCCCAGCAUCGGCUCGUGUCGUCCGUCCUUCGGCAUUUCCCGCCCCCCCCCCCCCGUGUCGCUUCCUGUAUGCUCCCCCCAUUACACCUUCCCCCUGUGCGUCUGGCGCACACCCUGGGGGG